UGAUUGAACUACCGUCUAUGCUCUUUUACCGAACGCUCAAACGACGGGUGUAAAUUUUUGUUAAAGAUAACAGUUUUCGGCGCGUUUCGACAAAUUGCAAUGAUCCGGAAAAUCGCGAAGCGACGUCUCCACUUGCAUUUGGAAGAAUAAGCUUCGUGUUAAAUACAUUAUUUGUUUCUUUGCAACGGAAAACCAAUCGUUGCUUCAGUGCCGCACGACUAGAUUCACGAUGCGCGAGAAACGUUUCAGAAAAAUCUUUGAACCAACUCACCUAUAAUGUUUUACUAUGAAUGGUGUUUCGUAUAAAAUUGUGUUAUAAUAGUAUAAUGUGAUUUUUUAUUAUUUUUCUCGUAAUUCGGAAGUGCAGAAAUUUUCACUAACUUGUGGAUGUUUGCUUGGCGCGAAAUUCAAACUCUGAAAACGCGAGGUGUUUCAUUUGGACAAUGGUAACGAGAUUGUUACCCUUUUCUUUAUACGAGACAAGUGUCAACUAGAACUACUUUUAUGUGAUAAACUCAUUUCAUGUAAAGAGGAUAGUGUUUUGCAGCAAAUAGUAUAAGUGUGUUUUGGUUUCGAUGCCAUAUUUUGUAAGAGAUUUUAUGUCUGUCAGGGCAAGAAUUGAUGACAAUUCUGGGAAUAACGACGAGUGUUUUUGAUCUAUGCAAAAAAUAUGUCUAUCUCCCUUGCUACAAUGGAAGAAGAAAUAAUUGUAGACGAUAUUGACGAUAAUGAUAUCGGAUUAUAUCCGACUGAGAAUGCACCGUCUCAUAUUUCACCUACCACAACCACACUUUUCAUUCCCCAUGGUAAAUUUCGAGCUGGCCAUACCACGAUUGGGAAUCAAACUAUGGUGUCAUCCUCGGCCUCACAACUUGCUACUAUCAUUCACCCUAAUCAGAUUGUAGGUGGACAAAAUAAAGUAUAUUUUCAAGGACCUAGCCAGGUGGCCACCUCGCAAAAAGGGCCCCACAUAGUUAUUCACCGACCGAUUACUAGUGUCGCGGCUACUAAUAAUCAAGGUCAGAAACAUAUAUUGGUUCGAAGAUCGAACACACCCACUGCUCAAAUUGUUCCACUGAAUACGUCUCAGGGAAGUCAGACUCAUGCUCAAGCAGGAAAGCAUACCUUUGCAUAUCUCGGAACAAUUAUCAAGCCGAACAAGACCCGAGAGUCGGUUGUCAUUCCAGCAGGUGGAUUGACAACGCAGAUUAGUAAGCCAAAGUUGGUUAUAACACCAGUUUUGUCACAGCUAAAUCCAACUUCAACUAGUUCGCCUGUAGGAACUCAAAGUCGCUUAAAGAAGUCCAUGGCAAAUCUCCUUCUGCCUGUUAAUAUUCCACAACAAACCAGCUCUGCAAAGCCAAAUAUGCUGAAUAUAAAAAUUAAUAAUGGUCAAAUUGGAACUGAAAGUAAAGGGACAAUUACUGUAUUACGAGAGUCAAAAACUACAAACUCAACGACGCAUCCCCCUCCCUUGCAUCCCAUCACAAAUAUUGGUACCUUAGGCAAAGGAGGAAGACAAGAACUCUUGAGUGAUAGUAUAAAAAUAUCUGAGAACCCUGACUCUGCCGUUAUAACACCCAUUCCAAAUAAAAAAGAAGAUAUCAAUCCACCGGAGAAGCGGAAGAAAACUAUCAGCAACAUACUUCGUGGAUCGGGUGAAAAGAGAAUGAAGAAACAGAGCUUUCCUAAAUCGGCUCAAGAAGUGGACAUCAGUUAUUCUAUAAGCAGUCCAGACUCCGAACAAGAUAAGGACAAAAAAAUGCAGAACGACGAUGAUAUAACUUUGAUCAAAGUCGUUCCCAGCGAAGAUAAAUCUGCAAAAUUAAAGUCAGCGCCGGAUGAUGAUAUCAAGGUGGAAAUAAUCAAAACAUCGAAUAACGAAGACGCAGAUAAUAAUUCAUCGGACAGUAAAAUAGAAACGAAAAUUAUCAAACAAGAAGAGUCUAAAGAUAGUAUAAACUCUUCCAACCAGGCUGCUGAUCAUAAUUUUGAUGCUACGAAGGCAUUAAAUUGGAAAGACGGGGUUGGAUCUUUGCCUGGUAGUAGUUUAAAGCUUUUUUUACAGUCUGCUUUAAAUCACAAUGUUCGUAUUUCACAGUUUUGUGUGAAUGAAUUUGGCCUCAUGGAAGUGGUAGAUGAAGACGAGAAUAACAAACAGGACAAAGAGAAUGGCACAGGUGAUAAGGAAAAUGUGUGUCUGAGUCAGAAUUCUUCAAAAGGGAGUCCUGUUAGCGUUAUUGUUGAAAAAAAGAAUGAAGAUAGGAAAAAUCGCGCUUUGCCUACCGACACUUUUUAUUGUUGCGAAAGUUGUGGCUGUCAUGGCUUGGCAGCAGAGUUUGAAAGUCCUAUAUCAUGUAGUCCCUCCUGCACGGAAGUAAUAGAAGCUAAGAAACAAAUGCUGAUCCGUAAAGAUAAAGACUUGAAAGAGAUGCGAGCGAAACGAAAACGCAAAAAAAUGCUACAUGAGCAAAACAAAACGAAAGAUGUGGAUGAGAAAUCAAAUGACAAGUCGCAGGAUAAAAUAAAAUAUGAGACAGAUGAGGAUUCGAAAGAUACUGUUUCUGCAAUCGAUGAGGAAAGCCAGGGAGAGAUUUCUGAGUCAAAGUAUCCAUGGCAGACUGGCAAGUUAGGAUUUUCCUGGGCAAAGUACCUCGAGCAUACGAAAGCUAAAGCUGCGCCCGUCAAAUUAUUCAAGGAUCCUUUCCCUUAUACCAAGAAUCAAUUUAAAGUAGGCAUGAAACUGGAAGGAAUAGAUCCCGAACAUCCCUCACGUUACUGCGUCCUAAGUGUCGUAGAAGUAGUUGGUUACCGGAUAAGGUUACAUUUUGAUGGAUACGCAGAGAACUACGAUUUUUGGGUCAAUGCUGACAGUAUGGAUAUAUUUCCUGUAGGCUGGGCGGAGAAAAACAAACAUCGAUUAGAUCCACCGAAAGGCUACGUCGCCAACAAUUUCAACUGGAAUGCAUACCUCAAAACUUGUAAAGCAAAUGCUGCGCCAAAAAAUAUCUUUUCAAACAAAAAUUCCCUUUUUCCAACUGGCUUCCGAGUGGGAAUGAAACUUGAGGCUGUAGAUAGGAAACACUCGUCACUCGUCUGUGUCGCUAGCAUAGCAGGGCUCAUGGACUCGCGGAUCCUCGUUCAUUUCGACUCGUGGGACGAAGUUUACGAUUAUUGGGCUGACGCCAGCUCACCUUACAUUCACCCUGUAGGGUGGUGUCAUCACAAUGGUCACAGCCUAACACCUCCAAAUAGCUACAAAGAUUCCAAAUCUUUUACGUGGGAUUCUUACCUGAGAGAAACACAGUCUACUGCUGCACCAGCACGUGCUUUUAAGCAGAGAUCACCUUGUGGAUUCAAGCGCGGUAUGAAAUUGGAGGCUGUAGAUAAACGAGUUCCCCAAAUGAUUCGAGUGGCAACAAUCGAGGACGUAAAAGAUCACAUGUUGAAAAUACGCUUCGAUGGAUGGCCAGAAAACCAUGCUUACUGGGUUGAUGAUGAUUCCACGGACAUUCAUCCAAUGGGUUGGUGUCUGAAAACAGCCCAUCCUUUGGAACCACCUCUUAUGCCGCAGAAAAUUGAACGAAUUCCUGCUAUUGUCGUAGUGCCUGACAAUUUGAGCGAUCGUGCUGAGUGUGGAACUCAUGGCUGUCGAGGUAUAGGUCACAUCAAGGGACCGAAAUUUGCCACGCACAAUGCUGCUUCCGGUUGCCCCUAUUCUCAGCAGAAUUUACAGAAAAUAAGAAUAAUGUCCGAUAGACUGAAUGGAAAACAUGACAUUUGCGAGUAUGAGGACGACUUCUUGGAGAAGCCAAAAGUAGAAAAGACUGAUAAAAUUAAAACGGAGAGAUCGGAUAAAGACGAAAAAUUCAUUUUCGAUGCCAAUAAAGCAUUCAAGUUUGAUAAGGAUGCGAUCAAACAAGAAGAUGUAGAUUCGGAUAAGAACGAAAAGUCAGAGACCUCGGAAAGGUCUAGUAAAUAUCGUCAAAUGAACAGUGAUGGUCAAACGGAUGACGAAGAACCCACAAAGAAGCGAAAAAAGAAACGACACAAUUCCGAAGAGCACGCCUUUUCUCGUUCCAAUUCUGGUAUGGGGGAUUCGUCAGUAAAUUAUACUCCAAAUAUACCGGAUAAGCAGUUGAGGUUGGAGUUGUACCAUUCCGUGUACAAUCCGGGGUAUAAUCCACGGCCAGAUGCGCCUCAUAUCUGGGCAAAACACAGUGGUGCUUUAAAUAGAGUCGUAGCCAAACAAACUGGCAAUCCUCGUCGUUGGUCGAACGAGGAAGUCAUCAAGUUCAUUCAAAAUCUGCCCAACUGCAAGGAUAUUGGGCCUAUCUUCAGGAAAAAUAGCAUUGACGGUGAGGCGUUUUUAAUGUUGACUCAAGAAGAUUUAAUAAAGUUGCUUGGUCUGCGACUUGGACCUGCUAUUAAAUUAUAUAACAGCAUAGUUCUUUUAAGACGAAAAUCGACGUGAAUGAGAUACGAGAAGCGUGCGAUUACCACUUUGUAACAGGAAAUCUGAAACUUGGCAACUUUAAUGUUGCUAAUGAUGAUGAAUACAUUAAUCAAGAUCUCAAUUAUUUAUUUUUAACGUUUAUGCCUAUCAGUGAAAAAUCAGAUUUUAGUGUUUUACAUCAAGUACAAGAGAUUAUAACUGCAAAUUUCAAAUAGCAAAAUUCGUUAAAUUUUCGCAAGCGAAAUUACUUUUUCUAGGGCUUCAGUCUUAAAUUAGCUCCUAUAAAUAUAUAUUUAUACACGUGUAUGUAAACAGUACUUACAAAUGUCCGCUGUAAUUUUUCCUACACGAUAAAGUACAUAUAGUGAUGUAAAAAUGUAAAUAUAUUAUUAAACUAUCGAAA